AUGGUCUCAUUCAAGAGCCUCCUCGCUGUUGCUGUUGCGGCUACCAGCGCAGCUGCCUUCCCAUUCGCUAACCUGACAGAGCGAUCUGGCACGGCCUCUAGCACUGGUACCAACAACGGGUUCUACUACUCGUUCUGGACAGACGGAGCUGGGGCUGUCACCUAUACCAACGGUGCUGGCGGUCAAUACAGCGUCCAAUGGAGCGGAAACGCCGGCAACUUUGUCGGUGGAAAAGGAUGGAACCCGGGUGCUGCACGGUUCGUUUCUAGCACUUCAAGUUAUGUCUCCCGACACUUCCUAAAAACCUAUCAGGGCCAUCUCCUUCAGCGGAACAUACAGCCCCAACGGCAACAGGCAAGUCAAAGUAUUCUCAAGUCAAUUCGCGUAGCAUUGAAUACGACCUCGCGCAGUUAUUUGAGCGUCUACGGAUGGACCACCAACCCUCUGAUCGAGUACUACAUCCUGGAAGAUUUCGGCACAUACAACCCAGGAAGCGGUCUUUCUGCCAAAGGAACCGUCACAUCUGACGGUGGAACAUACAACAUCUACCAAACGCAACGAGUCAACCAGCCUUCCAUCCAGGGCACUGCCACCUUCUACCAAUACUGGAGUAUCCGCCAGAGCAAACGUGGCAGCGGUACUGUCACGACUUCGAACCACUUCAACGCCUGGUCUAAGGCCGGAAUGAACCUGGGAAGCCACAACUACCAAAUUGUCGCUACCGAAGGCUACCAGAGCAGCGGCUCUGCCUCGAUUACGGUGUCCGAGGGCACAAGCAGCGGAGGCGGAGGUGGCGGAGGCGGAACGACCACCACUACUACAUCGACCCCUCCCUCUGGCACUGGAGGAGCAUGUGCCGCGCUUUACGGACAGUGCGGAGGCCAGGGAUGGACGGGAGCAACCUGCUGUGCCUCUGGUUCAACCUGCAAAGUUUCCAACGCCUACUACUCGCAGUGCCUCUGA